UGGACUUUCUGCUCUCGAGUCGAGCGUCGCUUCUGACGGAGCUGUGAAAAUUCAAAAUAAAGAUAGAGGAGGCAGUUUUCUGCUGGAAGAACAGGACGGUUUGUAAAGAGAAACCCGAGCGGAGCCCACAUUUCUGCGGGCAAAAAGGCUGCUGAACUUUUUUUUUUGUUCCUUUUCUUUUUCCCUCAAAAAUGAACCGGAGUUUCAACAAGUCUCAGCCGCUGCGCAGCGGUAAUUGUAACGCCGUGGAAGUGAAAAGCAAGUAUGGAGCAGAGUUUCGCAGGUUCUCUCUAGACCGGGUCAAGCCUGGCAAGUUUGAGGAGUUCUACAAGCUCAUACUCCACAUUCACCGCAUUGCUAAUAUGGAGGUGAUGAUUGGCUACGCCGACGUCCACGGGGACCUGCUGCCGAUCAACAAUGACGACAACUUUUGCAAGGCCGUGUCGACGGCUCAUCCGCUACUGAGGAUAUUCAUACAGAAACAAGAGGAGGUCGACUACAGUAACUUUGGCAACAACACAAUAACUCGUAGGAAGAAGGCCGUGGUAACGCUGCGCAACAGCGACGUCAACCGCAAGCGUCCUCACAUCCGCAUUGGCAUGCCGCAGGAUUUCAGGCCCGUUUCGUCCAUCAUUGACGUGGACAUCCUGCCUGAAUCUCACCGCCGUGUUCGUCUGUAUCGUCACGGCUCGGACAAACCCUUGGGCUUUUACAUUCGAGAUGGAACCAGCGUUCGUGUGACGCCGCACGGUCUGGAAAAGGUCCCAGGCAUCUUCAUAUCUCGACUGGUGCCUGGAGGGUUGGCGGAGAGCACCGGAUUGCUGGCGGUCAAUGAUGAGGUUCUGGAGGUGAAUGGCAUUGAAGUAACAGGAAAGUCACUGGAUCAAGUGACAGACAUGAUGAUCGCUAACAGUCACAACCUGAUCGUGACCGUCAAACCGGUGAACCAGCGCAACAACGUGGUCCGCAGCAGCAGGAUCUCUGGCAGCUCAGGCCAGUCGUCUGACAGUGGCGGGUCAACUGGUUAUCCAAGUUUGUCUAUGGCCUUAGCGCGAGAGCCAACCUCUGGAGCACAUGGGUACCAGGAUGACCUGGAGAGUGACGAGGAUGCAGAUAUCGUCAUUGAGAGCCGCCUCAAACGGCCAUCUCAGCGGUCCAAUGCCUCUAUGGCAUCAAGCGCAUCUCGCACGCACCAGCAGAUCGUGACAUCGUCGGGUCCAGCGGCUUCGCCUAGCCCUCCGUCACGCCCAUCAUCUGUGAUCUCCACCGCCUCCUUUCAGUCUCAGACAAGUCUGAACGGAGGGUCCCAUCCUCACCACCACCACUACCAACAACAACAACAACAACACCGCAGCAGCCUGAGCCUCCAGCUGCACAGAGACCUGAACCUUAAGCAGCUUCAACAGUCCAAACACAGUGAGCAGCACACACAGCCUCUGCAUCACAGCAGCAACCCAGCCCUCCGGCACAGCAAUGGCAGCCUGCACAAAAUCCUCAGCUCUCUGAAAACGGACCCACGUCACAGUCUUGCUCUUCCCAAGGGAGGGGUGGAGGAGGAUGGCACCGUCAUUACCCUAUAAUAACUACAGAUACAGAAACAUAAACAUGUCAGCUGCUCAGAGAAUGAAC